GUAUGUCAUUGUCAAAAAACUAAAUAAAAUAUUCAUGUUUGCGGCAAAAAAUUUUGUUACAAAACUUAUAACUCCCACACACAGUGCAAGUGCAAAGUUCCUGCUAAAUAAAGAAUUCUAUUGGCACCGAACGCUAUCAAUCACAGCUGCAAACAUGGUGAAGACAGCGCUAGUGAUCCUGGCCCAAGGUGCGGAGGAGAUGGAGACCGUCAUCACUGUCGAUAUGCUGAGACGGGGCGGUGUGGAUGUGACCAUGGCAGGCUUGGACGGUGACGCGCCAGUGCUGUGUUCGCGUAACGUCACACUCGUCCCAAACAAGUCUUUGGCUGAUGCUUUGGCCGAGAAGCCUCAGUACGAUGCAGUGAUUCUCCCUGGAGGAUUGGAGGGCUCAAACCGCCUCAGCAAGUCGUCCGUAGUGGGAACACUGCUGAAAGAACACGAGAAAGCUGGCAAGAUCGUCGCUGCUAUCUGUGCUGCGCCCACAGCGUUCGUCGCGCACGGCAUAGCGCGCGGCAAGCGCGUGACGUCAUACCCAUCUACUAAGAACAAAAUGCCGGCUGCUGACUACACGUACGUGGAAGGAGAAAGAGUGGUGGUUGAUGGGAACAUUGUUACUAGCAGGGGUCCCGGCACCGCUUAUUGGUUUGGUCUCUCGCUCAUCGAGCUAUUGGCAGACAAGGACACAGCUGCCCAAGUGGAGAAGGGAAUGAUCAUUAGUGGCUAUUAAUUAGUAAUUAAGUCUAAAAAUUACACUCUGUAUAAGCUUAUAACAAGCAAUGGUGUAAGUAUAAUAUUGUAUGUUAUGUAAUAAUAGUAAUAAUUAAGCAAAAAAGUGAUAAUUCAAAAUUAGUAUCCAUAUUUUUAGAAUUUGGUUCGUUUUUUUUGUUACUAAAAUAUCCAGGAUUUGUUUUCGUUUUGAUUUUAAGUCUAAAAUAUAAUUUGUUUUAAAUUGUUAA